CGGCGGCAAUCGCUAGCUACCAUGGGUCUCGCGCUUAGCCUUCUUCAGGGUGGUAUCUUGCUGGCGUACAUGGUGUUCACCGUGGUAAAGGCCGUCCUUCCUCGAUCGUUCAAGGCUCCGCGGGUCGGGCACACCACUCUCGCGGUGACCAUGCUCGCCGCCGCUCACGUGAUGGGUCUCCCCUUCUUCCUCGACAAGCUGAAUCAAGCGCAUGCUUACGGUCAACUCAAAAGCGUCGACCUGAGGAGUGGGUGUAACGAUGAUUUCCUGCAUUCCUGCCAAGGGGCUCAGGUGGUGUACCGCGCCUCCUCGGUGCUGUUCCUGUACUUCGUCCUCAUGGCCACGGCCGGAGGAGCGGUGCACUACAUCUACGCCAACCUCUGGCCUCUCAAGUUUUUGGCUGUGGCUGGAGGCGUGGGUGGCAUGCUUUUCCUUCCGGACCCUGCCUUGUUUGGCGUCUACGCGGAGGUUGCGAGAGUACUGUCUCUCGUGUGGAUGCUUUUCCAGGGAUUCCUGGUCCUAGACUUCGCGCACGACGUACACGACGCCAUCGGCGCUAAGGCGGAAGAACAAGACUCGAUUUCCGGCUCCUCGAGCUCCAUCUGUUCCUCCUGGUGGCGAAUCCUGUAUCUGGUGCUGUCCGGUGCUUGCCUGGCGGCGACCGGCCUUGGACUCGCGACUCUCUUCACGGGACACGUGGGGUGCACCCUGGGCGCCUCGCUGGCGGGCAUCACGCUCGCGGUCGGGGUGGUGACCACCGUGCUCAGCCUCGUGGAGAGCGUCGGCAUCGGCCUGCUUCCCCCGUCCAUCCUCUUCGCGCACAGCACCUUCCUCUGCUGGUACGCCAUGUCGAGCCACCCGGACCAGGCCUGCAACCCCUACGCCGCGGACGACGUUCCCUCCGCCAGCGGGAAGGGCGUCGGCGUGGUGAUUUCCCUCGCCAUCUUGGUGGCGACGGUGGCCUGGAUAAACGUGGCACGGAGAGAAAGUUCUCGAGCUGUUCGGCGUGGAGGGCGAGGAGAGCGUUUCGUUGCUGUCCGCGUCGGGCAGACCCAACAUCAACAACGACGACACGGCGGAGGGGGGUGGCGGGGAAGACGCGAUCGAGUCGCGACCCUCCCGGGUGUUCUUCUGCGCCGCGAUGGCCUCCGCGAGCUGCUUCGCCGCCAUGGCCAUGACCUCCUGGGCUCGCACGGACGGAUCUCCGGAAUCGUUCGGUACCUCGAUCACUCCGUUGGAGAGCGUGUGGCUGAAGGUGGCCAGCCAGUGGGUCUGCCUCCUCUUGCAGAUGCGGGUGCUAUGGGUGACCUACCGAGAGAACAAGGAGAGCUCGUCGUACCGGAGCUUCUAGAAAACGAAACAAAAAAAAUGGAGAAUGGGGGCUUGCAUUUGUCCACCACGUCUUGUCAAUGGCUGCUGUUUGCAUUGGGAUAUAAACACGCGGGAGUAUGCAUGCUGUCUUGGCUGACGACCCCGUAACGUGGCCGCGUUGUUGUGCUUCGCCUGGGCUGUGCUCGCGGCAUGCGGUGCGGGGGUGGUAUUGCUCGCACGCCUUCCUUCGACGGCACCCAUUGUUGUGUGGCCCUGGUCAGGAAAGAGAAGGCGGAUCUGUCCUCUACGGCUAGUAAGUCCCGGUGUCUUUUUCGGGGGCAACUCAUGCAGUAGCAAGAGCGAAUCCUACGUUGUUAUUUCGGUACCGGCUGGGCGCAAGCGGCGUGAUUUCAGGCUCACCCUCUGGCGGUAGGCAGCUAGCAGCUACGGAUUUUGCGAGUUGCUGUUAUUCUUAGAAGGAAGAGUGGGCACUUCUUAUGGGCGUACGUAACGUACCUGCGUAAGCACGUGAGGCUCGAUCGUGUCCGCGGCGCGAGGUUCACCGUUCGCAAGAGUCCGCUAGCAAGCAAGCCUGCGCAGUGUGCAAAGGAGUGCUUUCUCCACUGGCUUGUCAGCAGUGGCCGGUAUUCCGUCUGCUCAUGUAUUAUAUUCAGUUUCAGAUUCGAUGUGUAGUGUUCUGCUACCUGGUAGGUGGGACCGGAUUCUAGGGGGCACGGUGGAUGCAAAGUAAUCGCGGUAGGGUACCCUGCCUUGUCUGGUGUUUACUACGAGUAUCCGCGUGUCUCUAAAAAACUCCGUGUUUUGUAGGGCAGCAGAACGGCCAGUUUUGCGUCGGUGUUGUAUUGCAUUUGGUUUCUGUUCAAC